AUACUGAACGUUCUAUAUCACGAGAAAGGGUUACUUAUUCAUUCAAUUAAAAUUCGAAGGCUUUGUAAGUCAGAAACUGACAAUACACCCUAGGAUCCUGAAAAGUGCCGAUAUCGCAUCAACCUCUGUUCACCAACUUUCCAACUGAAGAUCUUUUACUCCUAAUCACAGCCGACUUUAACAUGCAGACCAGGAGAACAUUGAAACCGUUAUUUAGAGUUGCCCAGCAAAACUUUAAACCCACGACGAGAUUACCAUGUCAUCUUCUCCCGUUAACAAUUGUAAGGAAAAUCCAUCGACCAAAGGCAACACUUCUUAACAACGCAGAACGUGACGGCUCACUGGAGUUUGACCAGAAUGAAGCAUCUUUAGGUUAGUAUUGAACUAUAAACUGUGGUGAAGCUUCGUCGGCAGAGAGGGUGAUAAGAAAAAUUUGAUUUUUUGAUCGAGUGGAAAUUUAAAAAAAAAAUGACUUUUUGAGCGCUAGCCCUUCUGCCUCAGAUCCAGUUUAGCUCUAAAUGAUGUGGAAUGAAGUUAUGCAGUUGAAAAACAACAGAAAAAAAGCAGGCUUGACAAAGAUUUGAACUUGGACAAGAACCAGUACAAAAGACACAAACUAAUUUUUAGUAUUUGAGAGGCGGACAGUACACCACUGAGUUAUAACUGAGGUAAUAAGAAUUUUAUUCUCGCUAAUUUCCCUUUUCCUGAGCAGAUGCAAGAAGCGUACUUCAAAAACCUUUUUUUCUGAAUGUAGGUGAUGGGUCCAACUCAUUUCACUCAGAUAAUUCAAUGUUUCUCGGCCUCUUUCAGAGGUAGACACAAGUACCUUAAGUAUUAAAAACCUCAGUUUUCUAUACAUCAGUAAAUUUUGAGCCCACCAAAUGAUUUUUUUAAAAAACAAAGAUUGCAUCCUAAUCAGCACUGCUCUAAAUAAAAUUGUCCGGUUUGUUUUAUAGACAAAGUUCCGGGCUACUUAGAAACUAUGCCGACUAGUGCCGAGCAGGAAUUGGAUUCCUUGGCUGGUUGUUCGCACAGUUACAGAGAUGUUAUGACUGCAAAGAAGCGUGAAUCUGCUCAGUACUACCAAAGAGAUAAAAACAAAACCGGUCAACAGCCAGGUUUGGUGAACAUAAUCGCCACGAACGAAAAGGGUCUCCAUGAAACGGAAGGAACUAGGGCACAAAGACUGUUCACUGGAUUCCUGUUUAAUUCGUAUUUAUUUUGCUUGUUUAUCUGUCCUUACUUAGAUCUAAUGUUACAGUAA